CUUCCGACAGCUCAAAAGUCUGUCGCAGUCGCCCUCUGUGCUUUACCACCACUUCACAAUCUGGUGCGGUGCAUGUGCUACCUUUACUCCAAGCCGGCCAUUCAAAAAUGACUCGCCAGUUUUGGCUUCCGACAGUUCAAAAGUCUGUCGCAGUCGCCCUUCGUUCUCAACCAAGUUGUGGUUUAUAG